AUGAACGUGGUUGCCGCAUCCGGCAAUGGGGCCACAGCUCCCAGCGCCGGCCUGCCCAUCGACCUGCGUGGGAAGAAGGCGUUCAUCGCGGGUGUCGCCGACGACCAGGGUUUCGGCUGGGCCAUCGCCAAGCAGCUGGCGGAGGCGGGGGCCGAGAUCUCCCUCGGUGUCUGGGUGCCUGCCCUGAACAUCUUUGAGAGCAGCUACCGCCGUGGGAAGUUUGACGCCAACCGCAAGCUGGCCAACGGCAGCCUGCUGGAGUUUGCCCACAUAUAUCCCAUGGAUGCCGUGUUUGACACCCCCGAGGACGUCCCGCCCGAGAUCGCCGAGAACAAGCGCUACGCCGGGAACGAGGGGUACACCGUGUCGGAAGCCGCCGAGAAGCUAGCCCGCGACGUGGGCAAGAUCGACAUCCUGGUGCACUCCCUGGCCAACGGCCCCGAGGUCCAGAAGCCGCUGCUGGAGACCAGCCGGCGCGGCUACCUGGCCGCCCUCUCCGCCUCCUCCUACUCCCUCAUCUCCAUGCUCCAGCGCUUCGGCCCGCUGCUCAACCCCGGCGGCGCGGUCAUCUCGCUGACCUACCUGGCCGGCGCGCGCGUCAUUCCCGGCUACGGCGGCGGCAUGAGCUCCGCCAAGGCCGCGCUGGAGUCCGACACCAAGGUCCUUGCCUUUGAGGCGGGGCGCAAGUGGAACGUGCGCGUGAACACCAUCUCAGCGGGCCCCCUGGGCUCGCGCGCAGCCAAGGCCAUCGGCUUCAUCGACGACAUGAUCAAGUACUCGUACGAGAAUGCGCCCAUCCAGAAGGAGCUGUCGGCGUACGAGAUCGGCAGCGUGGCCGCCUUCCUGUGCUCGCCGCUGGCAUCGGCGGUGACGGGGCACGUAAUGUACGUUGACAACGGCCUCAACACCAUGGGCCUGGCCCUGGACUCCAAGGUGCUGGAGCGCGAGCCCGUGGACGCCAGCGCCUGA